GAAAACCACUGACUUCCGGCCAGGCCGUUGUCUGGGUGGCGCGGUCGAGUCAUCGCUGGGCCUCACCGCUUCGUUCUCCCGACCCUCCCCGCGCCCUGGCGCGGGGGGUCGACUCGGACCUUUCCCUGCAUUUCGUUUCGGCCAGUGCCGGGGGCUACCCGCCCUGGGGCCUGGGAUCCUUGGGGUCCGUGAGGCCCACUCUUAGCGGCCGGGGCCUACCGCGGCCCGCCGCCGGCCCUCAUGAGGCAUAGCCUGACUAAGCUGCUGGCAGCCUCGGGCAGCAACUCCCCAACCCGCAGUGAGAGCCCAGCCCCGGCUGCAACCUGCUCGCUGCCCUCGGACCUCACCCGGGCGGCAGCGGGGGAGGAGGAGACGGCGGUGGCCGGAUCUCCCGGCCGCAAGCAGCAGCUCGGCGACGAAGGGGAGUUGGAAGGCGGGAGGGGGAGCCGCGGCGGGGUGGCCGUGCGCGCUCCCUCGCCCGAGGAGAUGGAGGAGGAAGCGAUCGCCAGCCUCCCCGGAGAAGAGACGGAGGAUAUGGACUUUCUGUCUGGGCUGGAACUGGCGGAUCUCCUGGACCCCCGGCAACCGGACUGGCACCUGGACCCCGGGCUUAGCUCGCCCGGGCCUCUCUCCUCGUCUGGCGGAGGCUCGGAUAGCGGCGGCCUGUGGAGAGGGGAGGAUGACGAUGAGGCCGCGGCUGCUGAAAUGCAGCGCUUCUCUGAUCUGCUGCAAAGGCUGUUAAACGGUAUCGGAGGCUGCAGCAGCAGCAGUGACAGUGGCAUCGCCGAAAAGAGGCGGAAAAAGUCCCCAGGAGGAGGCGGCGGUGGCGGCAGCGGUAACGACAACAACCAGGCGGCGACAAAGAGUCCCCGGAAGGCGGCGGCGGCCGCUGCCCGCCUUAAUCGGCUGAAGAAGAAGGAGUACGUGAUGGGGCUGGAGAGUCGAGUCCGGGGUCUGGCAGCCGAGAACCAGGAACUGCGGGCCGAGAAUCGGGAGCUGGGCAAACGCGUACAGGCACUGCAGGAGGAGAGUCGCUACCUACGGGCAGUCUUAGCCAACGAGACUGGACUGGCUCGCUUGCUGAGCCGGCUGAGCGGCGUGGGACUGCGACUGACCACCUCGCUCUUCAGAGACUCGCCCGCCGGUGACCACGACUACGCUCUGCCGGUGGGAAAGCAGAAGCAGGACCUGCUGGAAGAGGACGACUCGGCGGGAGGAGUUUGUCUCCAUGUGGACAAGGAUAAGGUGUCGGUGGAGUUCUGCUCGGCGUGCGCCCGGAAGGCGUCGUCUUCUCUUAAAAUGUAGGGUCAAGUAAUCUGCUCUUUAUCCGCGUUUACCCCUUUCAACUCCCUUACACCAUGUCAAACUUACCUUAGUGGGACAUCUUCACCGGACACAUUUCAGAGGAGAGAAAAAAGUAAUAUUGAAUCUUAAAGUGUUUAGCUAAAAGCAUGAAUGUGACACAGUAACCAACUCCUAAUGAUAACAUGUGACUAUUAAAUCUCUCUGACAGUUUCUUUUUUAGGUGAUUUCCUUCCUGCCAGGCUCCGUUGUAGGGGUUACAGAACAGUCGUUCCCGCCUCACAUCCUGUGGAUACAGCUGUUGGGGCAGAAGAGACGGGACCAGCUGCUGGCCACAUUUCCUGCUUUAUUUUAAAAGGUAGUAUAAGAAAUGAGGAAAAAGAGGUAAUAUCAGGGCUUCUGCUGUUUUUUAUUUUUAAAAUGUUCAUAAUUAAAAAGUAUUUUCCAGCAGUCCAAAGAUGUAAGUUAUCUUACACAUAAAAUGUUUUAUUUUGUUGUUAUUUGGUUAUGAAAAUGGAAUCCUUGUUCUUGCACAGCUGUAAAUGUUUUGUUGCUAGAUAAUACGAUUUGAGACCUGAAUUGGUCUUUGGUUUCCAGUGCAUCACAGCAUAUUUUGUAAAAUCAUCUACUACUGCACUUGAGCAUGAUGGGUAGUAGCCAAACUCACAACUUGGAGUGAUGAACCUGCUUAUACCUAAGGGCAGGAGCAAGCCCCUCACAAUGCAGCUGCAUGGGUUUUUAGUGCCUACUGAAUUUUAUAUAUAUAUACAUAUAUAUAAACCAAAAGUAGUUGGAAAGAUUAUUUGAAAUGACUAAUUUGUGCUAUCGUUAUGAAAUAUGUUAAAUGUAGCUUUUUUGAAACAGAAGCCUUGAAUUGAAAUUUAACUAAUACUUGAACAUUUUGUAUAUAUUUCUUUGUAUAUAAUUUUGUGCAGUACCAAUGACAAAAAUAUGGUGUCGUAAUAAAACCAGGUUUGUCGAUCUUUUAGUUAUGGGCUCAAAGAAUUUAUUCAUCUCUAACAUGACAUUGGAAAAUAAUGGAUGAAAAUAGGAAAAAUGAUUGUUGUUAAUGCUGACUGUGGGUCUUAAAAGGUUCUGGAAAGCAGUAAGUUCAUUUUUCUAAAAACUAUAGCAUUCUCUUGGAAUAUUUUCUUCCUUACGUCAGUACUUUACCUGCAUUAUUUGAAGUUGUGGGCUGGGGAGAAACAGCAGUCAAAGCUUUCUGAAUUGAGAUGCUUUGAAAUUCCAAGUGUAGAUUUUUAGAAUGUCAUUUUAUAAAUGGCAGUUUUUGGAAUUACUUGAUAAAGAACUUUUGAAAAUGGAAAGAUUAGUAUGGCCUAUUUUUAAAGCUGCUUUGUUAGGUUCCUUAUGUUUUAUUAACUGUCUUUUCUCAGUUUCCAUUUCAUUUUUUUUUCUAGUUUUGGUGACUUAGUGAUUUUGUCAUUUUUUACAUCAACUUCAUGGUCUUGUUUUUACAUGGUAAUUGCAUGUAUUUAGGAUCUAUCUAAUAGGGGCUUUAAAUAAAUUUGAUCAUAUUUAUGUGUAAGCACAUUUUACUGUAAAUGUUUGGGUUUCUGAAUUUAAACAGAUCUGUUUAUUUCAGUAUGUAGUAAACAAUAUCUUAAAAGUGUCCGACUCACUACUUGUUAAUUAAAAAAGUUAUGAUUAAUGUGAAACUGUUGUCUUACUAUUUUUAGAAAAUUGUGUUCUGGAUGAUUUAGCACAUGGAUAAAGGAGAUUUCUGGCAUAUAAAAUGGAUUGUUUUUGAAAUUUCUAGGUUUGGCUCUAUUUACUAUAAUGGUUGAAAACAAUUUAGUAUUUGGGUGACCCUUUUGUUUUUCUUCUAAAUGUGCCUCUAUGGUAGAAUACAGAACUAGACUAAAGACGUAGCUUUUUAAUAUUUGUCUUCGAUGGUGGCAGGAGUUCAUACAUUAAUUGAACUAACACAUCAUAUUUUGACCUACUAUUUCUAUCAUAUUGACUUACUGUUUCUGCACUUCCUUGACCAGACUUAUCUUAAAAAGUCCACUUUCGUUAAAACGUAGUCACACCUGAUAUAAUCCAACAAAAAGUGUUCAAAAUAUUUUAAAUAUUUGUGCAUUUUAUAAUCACUAAAUUAAUCUCUCUCUCUUCUCUUUAAACAGCUUAGCAGUGUCUGCAAAAACGAAUCUUUUCCUACAACCUGUUAACUGACUGGACUGAUGGUAACAAAGUAAUUGUGAGAGCCAUGUCGGUCAAAAAUUUGGCAUCUGCUGAAAAAAAUGAAUGCCAUUUUCAAGUUCCCAAAUUACUUCUAUACUGAUUUCACUUUCCAGAAAUGGAGAUAUGAAAAGAUUCUCUGGAAUCCUUGAAAGACUUAAUAGAGAUACAUGAGACUAAGUUAAUCUUGGAACAAAAUUACACUUUUUUUGUCUUUCAUGGGAGUGAUACUCAGUUAUUGCAUAUCUUUACAAAAUUGUAACCGUUGGAGAAUUACAGUAUUUCAUCAAGAAAUUAAUUAGAGUUUUUAAAUAUUCAAGAGCAUAUUCUAUGGAAUUAACAUUUAGUGGACUAGAAUUACAUAAGCAGGCCAUCAGUGAUCACAAGGCAUAUGAGUUUGUAUUUAUUUCUUGGAACAUGAGAGGUAAUUUGGAGUACAGACAGACACCCUGCUGAGUAGAAUAUAAAAGUUAAUGUAAAGUUCUGAACGAUAAAGAGUAGUCCUUUUAAAUAGAUGCAUUGAUUUGUAUAUCUCUGAAAAAGUUGAUUAUGAUUAAAUGUGUGGGUAGUUAAUAAAAAUUUAGGGUAACAACCAGGAUGUAUGGAUUCUGAGGUUUUGGCUUCUUGAGCUUUCUCUUGAGUACUUGAUACUGUUUUUUGAAUAUUUUGAGGUUUCUAAUUAAUGGUAUGCUAGUUUCUACUGUUUUAUAUAAAAAUUUAUCUAGUGUUGUAUAAGGGCUUUAGUAUUCUGGAUGAUGGGAGUGGCUUUUUGUGGCAUAUCGUUGUUUUACUUAAUUGAAAUAUUUUUUCAGUUUAUUACAAGUGUGAAAAAAACACUCAAAACUCUGGAUUGUUUUAUUUCAUUUUUGUUGGAUUAUGUUAAUACAUUCCUUCACCUGGUUUAGAUUGAGUCAUUUUAUCUUACUCAUUUGGGAGAUGUGCAGCUGAUAGAAGAGGGAUUGGGUAGGAGAUUGGCUCUUACUUCAUAAUAAAUAUACAGUUGGUUAUUGUAUUAUUCAAAACUUAUUAAAUCCAGUCAGUUUCUUAUAAUUUUAAGUGUGUUCGGUGCCUGUGAAGCCAGGCAGUCAAGAGUAUUCCCACUGGCCUAAAACUUAAGUGCUGAUGCUCCCACAGUACAGCUAGUUAUAAUUCCAGAACCAAAGGCACCAAUGUGAUUUGGUGACCUUAACUACUACUUUGAUAGAACAGACUGGGUAAUUUACUGAUAAUGAGUCAUUAUCUUUUUAAUAUGUGAUUACCUAGUUCAGCAUUUUGAAUGUGUAGUUUAAGGUCUCUCUGAUUUAGUAAAAUUUUAAAGCUAAAUAAUCUGAUGACUCCUGAAAGUUUAAUUGGUAGUAUGACAUUUAUAAGUGUUUUUUUCCCCCAGACUCACAGCCAAUACAAAGUUUUGAGACUCUAGUAAAUAUUAAUAUUUUUGCUGUUUUUCUGAGCUGUUUUUUUUAUUUACUUACCAUCUAAUCUAGGGACCAAAAAGGGAAUUCUUUCAUUAGAAAUUUGUAGUGUUAUGUUUGGCCAGCACAGUAUUUUUCAGAUUUGAAUUUCAGUACCUUUAUGUGUAGCCUCAGUACUCUCAACACCAGUCACUCUUUAUUGUCUUAAAAUACUCCAUACUUUUUGUUGACCCAAAAUUGUUGAAUAUUUUGCUCAGUUUUCACAAUGAACUAAUUGAAAAGUGUAGUUACUGUGUUGUAAACCUUUGUGUAGUUCUGUUAAUAUACUGAUUUGAAUUUUAUUUAUCUCAACUUCCUUUAGCGUCUGCCUCCAAAUUUUGUCUUUGCUGUAUACCCACUGAGAUCUAUUUCCUAGACCCCUCUGGCUCUUAGUGUACUAUGGUUUGGGCUUUAUAAAAUAUAUUAAUGUCUUAAUUUAAA